CCCUCGGAUAUUAGCUCUCUCUACUUGCUCACUAACCAAACCACUCCUCUUCUUUGUUCUGUUCCAGGCUAAAAAGCUGCUCAUUUUUGUUGUUUUGUUGAUUUUUAUGUGUGGAACGCUGACCUCUUCUCCAUUCCUCAUUUCUCACUGUCAUCAACCUGUUGCAGAGCCAGAGCACAAGCACAAGCACAACUACAACCACAACUACACCGCCACCACCACCAACAAAGCUCUGCAUUGUACCCAUUUCUUUGUCCUCUGUCUAGACAUAAAUGCCCCUUCUGUGUCUGCACCAUCUUCACUCAACCCACAAUUUAUCACUUCACCCACUAAACCACAAUCACAAAACCCCAACUAAAUCUCACCCCCAUUUCGCUUAAUCUAGUAAAAAAAAAAAAAGAGUAAACCCACAUGGAUCUCUUCUCUUUACCCUCCUCACCUCUUAUUCUUUACUUCUCCCUCACUCUGUUUCUUCUUUCAAGAGGUGUUUUAGGGACUACAUUCACUUUCGUCAACAAAUGUGACAACACUGUAUGGCCUGGAAUUCUCGCAAAUGCAGGCAGUCCUAGACUCGACAGCACUGGAUUCGAGCUCCCCAAGGACAGCUCACGCACAUUCCAAGCCCCAACCGGCUGGUCCGGUCGGUUCUGGGGCCGAACCGGAUGUAACUUCGAUGGAUCCGAGUCGGGUUCAUGUUCCACCGCCGACUGUGGGUCGGGCCAAGCCGAAUGCAACGGAGCCGGAGCUACUCCUCCCGCGACUCUCGCCGAGAUCACGCUCGGGUCGGGCGGGCAGGACUUCUACGACGUGAGUCUUGUUGACGGGUACAACUUGCCCAUGAUAGUGGAAACGAGUGGCGGGUCGGGCAUGUGUGCGACGACUGGGUGUGUGACCGACUUGAAUUUGCAAUGCCCGGCUGAGCUGAGAGUGGGAGAUGGAGAAGCGUGUAAGAGCGCGUGUGAGGCGUUUGGGAGUCCAGAGUAUUGUUGUAAAGACGCGUUUAAUUCACCGGCGGCUUGUAAGCCGUCGGUUUACUCGGAGAUGUUCAAGUCGGCUUGUCCAAGAUCAUAUAGCUACGCAUACGAUGAUCCUACGAGUACGUUCACUUGUUCGGGUGCUGAUUACACGGUGACGUUUUGCCCUUCCAUGCCAAGGUAAAGAGUGAUAUUCAAAUAUUAUUUGUCCUUUUUACGUUUGAUUUUUUUUAUUUUAGUUUUUUACAUAUAUAUAUAUUUUUUAUUUUGUUAUA